AUGUCUUCAACUUCUGGACCUUCUCUCAGUCUAGAACCUAUCCUAGAUGACAUCUCUCAAUUAGACACCAAUCCAAAACUGGUUGAACAACUCUCAUCGACUAUUGGGAUUCAACCAAUCCAAACCCGAGAUUCACAAUCCCUCGAAGCUAAGCCUACUCUUCCGAAGACACCAGACCAGGCUGUUGAUCGUGCUUUAGAGAUGAUAGGAUUGGAGAAGAAUCUGAAGACGAGAUCCGAGGAGUUGGAGGAGAGAGAUGUGGGUGGUCGAUUAGAGACCAGCGGGAAAGUAGUCGAUAAACUUUUGCACAUCUUGGAACAUGCAUCAAUUCCUUCGUAA